AGCCGCCUCGCAAUCCGUCGCCAUCCCGCCGCCCCCGCGCCCCGGCGCCGCCCUGACCGCCAUCGCCCGGCCCAGUCGCGCCCGCGGGACCUAGAUCAGGCAGAUCGGGAGUGGUGCCAAUAAAAAUUUCCUUACUAGAUGACAUUUCAUCGCAAUGUCCGAUCGUUUGGGGCAACUAACCAAGGGCAAGGAUGGGAAAAGCAAGUAUGCAACGCUCAGCCUGUUUGAUAAGUAUAAAGGCAAAUCAGUAGACGCCAUCAGAUCCUCAGUUAUUCCUAGACAUGGCUUACAGAGUCUUGGGAAAGUUGCCACAGCCCGGCGGAUGCCGCCACCUGCGAACCUGCCAAGCUUGAAGUCUGAGAACAAAGGAAACGACCCCAACAUCGUGAUAGUACCCAAGGACGGAACGGGAUGGGCAAACAAGCAGGAUCAGCAAGACCCAAAGAGUUCCAGUGUGCCGGCCUCUCAGCCGCCGGAGUCGCAGCCGCCGCCGGGUUUGCAGAGAUCUGUCUCCAGUUCACAGAGGCCGACACCGUCGACCAGUCAGGAGAGUACAAAUUCAGUGCCAGGUGGACCAAAGUCAUGGGCACAGCUGAAUGGAAAGCCAGCAGGACACGAAGGUGGUUUAAGGGGCUCAAGCCGACUAUUAUCCUUCUCUCCCGAGGAAUUUCCGACGCUGAAAGCAGCUGGCGGGCAGGACAAGGCUGGCAAAGAAAAGGGCGUCUUAGAUCCGUCGUAUGGGCCAGGACCAAGCCUCCGCCCGCAAAAUGUGACAAGCUGGAGGGAGGGCGGUGGGCGAAACAUAGUCUCUGCCACGUCUCUGAGCACCUCCCCCACUGAGCUGGGCAUCAGGAACUCGAGUGCGGGAGACGGAGCCCCCUCGGCAUGCACCAGCGGUUCUAAGGACCCCUCGCUUCGCCCGGCUCAGCCUGUCCGCAGAGGGGCUUCACAGUUCACGGGAAAUGUAUACCACCCACCUACAUACCAUGACAUGCUUCCUGCCUUUAUGUGUUCACCCCAGUCAUCAGAGAACCAGGGCACAGUGGAACGAGGAUCUUUCCCCCUUCCUCAACUCCGUCUUGAACCCCGUGUUCCUUUUAGACAGUUCCAGAUGAAUGACCAAGAUGGGAAGGAAAACCGCCCGGGGCUGCCCCGUCCGGUUCGCCCGCUGCGGCAGCUGGUGGAACGUGCGCCCCGGCCCACCAUCAUCAACGCUGAGAACCUGAAGGGCCUGGACGACCUGGACACGGAUGCCGACGACGGCUGGGCAGGCCUCCACGAGGAAGUGGACUACUCUGAGAAGCUGAAGUUCAGUGAUGAUGAAGAAGAGGAGGAGGUGGUGAAGGAUGGAAGGCCCAAAUGGGACGGCUGGGACCCUGGAAGGCAGCGACAGCUGUCAUUGAGCUCUGCAGACAGUUCUGAUGCCAAGCGGACUCAAGAAGAAGGGAAGGACUGGGGUGACCCUGUAGGUGUGACCCGUAUCAUCCGGAAGGUGCCAGAACCACAGCCACCUUCCAGAAAGCUUCACAGCUGGGCAUCAGGCCCUGACUGCCAGAAGUCCUCGGCGGGUAGCAUGUUCCGGCAACAGUCAGUCGAGGACAAAGAGGACAAGCCCCCUUCGCGGCAGAAGUUCAUCCAGUCGGAGAUGUCUGAGGCCGUGGGCCGUGCCCGCAAGCGGCGGGAGGAGGAGGAGCGGCGCGCGCGGGAAGAGAGGCUGGCUGCCUGUGCCGCCAAGCUCAAGCAGCUGGACCAGAAGUGCAAGCAGGCGCAGAAGGCGAGCGAGGCCCAGAAGCAGGUGGAGAAGGAAGGCCCCCGCUCUCCGGGCAUGGAGAAGGCACCCCCACAGGAGAAUGGUCCUGCCACCCACAAAGGGCCCCCUGAGUUCCCUGUCCAGGAAGCCCCCAGAUCACUUUCUGAAGAAGCUCCUGCAGCUCCCCCAGCUGUGGCCCAGAAUGGCAGCAGUGAGGAGGGCUCCCGUGAGGCAGGGUCCCCCGCACAGGAGUUCAGCAAGUACCAGAAGGCACUUCCGCCCCGCUUCCAGCGCCAGCAGCAGCAGCAGCAGCAGCAGCUGUACAAGAUGCAGCACUGGCAGCCCGUGUACCCGCAGCGCCCCUUCUACCCGCACCCCCCGCAGGUGCUGGGCUUUGACCCACGGUGGAUGAUGAUGCCGUCCUACAUGGACCCGCGUAUUCCUCCCACGCGCACCCCCGUGGACUUCUACCCCUCGGCGCUGCACCCUUCAGGACUGAUGAAACCCAUGCUGCCCCAAGAGUCCCUCGGUGGUUCAGGCUGCCGCUCUGAGGAACAGAGCUGUGUGGCCCCUCUCCAAGACAGAAAAGUGGCCUCCAUCGACCCUGCCCCCGUGUGGAGCCCCGAGGGCUACAUGGCACUGCAGGGCAAGGGCUACUCGUUGCCCCACCCGAAGCCCGGCGACGCCUUGGCCAUGGACAUGCAUGUCAGGAAUGAAAGCUCUUACUCUGCCUCACCCGGAAGGUCCGGGGGCGUAAGUGCCCAGCGCGAUCUCCCUGAGGAGAGGGGCGAGGCGUGCUUGAGCGCUUUUGACAAGAAGGCCCCAGCAGACUUUGACAGCUGUGUCUCUUCUCAAAGGAUAGGCCAGGAGCUUUUGUUUUCGUCCCAGGAAAAUGUUCAGGAAGCUGGUGCUCCUGGGGUGCCAACCCCGAACCUCAGGCGCUCCCCCAGGGAGCCUGACUUUCCCCCCAGUGAGAAAAAGCCUGAGUAUAGCAGUUGGGAUGCCGGCUGCCUGUCCACAGCCUCUGACACAGCCGCCAGCGUGGAGCCUGAGCCACCCCAGGAGGAGCCCACCUUUCCCCGAUCCUCCUGGGGGAAGGAGGGAACUGCCCCCAAACAGCCGUCCCUGGAGCCCUCCUGGACUCCUGAAGCCGGGGCUCCCAGUAGCCAGCAGCAGGAGCCUCCCACCCGCCCUCGGAGAUCGGGCCCCGUCAAGAAGCCUGUCCUUAAGGCGCUCAAGGUGGAAGACAAGGAGAGGGAGUUGGAGCGGGCCAGGCAGGAGGGGAGCUACGAGGGUGCCCGUCCUGCCAAGGAGAACGACCCCUCACUGGCCAGCACCCCACCGUCCCCCACUGAGGACCCAGACACGGCCCGCACCUGUCUGGGCUCGGAGGAGGAAAAGCCGGCGCGGGCUUGGGAGCCACGGCCAUCCCGGGAGCCGGGCGAGGUGCCCCCGACCAAGAGGAACAACUGGAUCUUCAUCGAUGAGGAGCAGGCCUUUGGGGGAGGCCGCGGGCCACCCCGAGGCCGUGGCCGGGGCUUCCGGGAGUUCACCUUCCGGGGCCGGCCCACUGCCUCUGGAGCCCUCUGCAAUGGCGGUGGCGUCCUCGGGACACGGGGCCUCUAUGGCGGCAGCAGUAGCAGCAGCAGCCCACGGAGUGGUCGAGGCCGGGGCCUUCGAGAGUUCAGCCAGCCCGAAGACUUUCCCAGAGCCAAGCCACGGCGCAGGGUCGCCAGCGAGACGCACAGUGAAGGCUCUGAGUACGAGGAGUUGCCCAAGCGACGCAGGCAGAGGGGUGCUGAAGGUGGCCAUGAGGGCUCACCACCAGGGCGGGAGGACACCAGCACCCGGAAGGGCGACUUUCGAGAAUCCUGGCGCUCCAGCAAGGCCUGCCCCGAGGAUGCCUGCGGCCUGGACCCCAAGAGCCGAGGACCUCGGGCCUUUGGACGUGCCCUCCCACCCCGUCUGAGCCACUGUGGCUACACACGCCGGACCUUUGUGUCCAGGGAGUCUCCGCACUGGCAGAGCAAGAGCACAGGCACCUCCUGGCAGGAGUAUGGCACCCCUGACCCGGGCACAUCCCGGCGACCCGCCGACAGGGACUAUGCUGCCGAUGCCUACCGACACUCAGACUCGUUCGGGGCCCGAGCCUUCGUUCCCGAUGAGCCCAGGCCCGAUUCAGAAAGUGCCGAGAACCGGCCCUUCAGGAGACGCCGUCCCCUGCGCCAGGACAAGCCCCCUCGCUUUCGGCGCCUCCGGCAGGAGCGAGAAUCCUUGGGACUCUGGGGGCCUGAGGAAGAGCCCGCCCUGCUGACCAACCCAUGGCCCGGCCAGGCCAGAGUGUGUCUGGGCAACAAGAGCAGCAUGGCGGGCCGCCGGACCCCAGAGCUGGCGUACCAGAACUCCUCCGACCAUGCCAACGAAGAGUGGGAGACAGCGUCAGAGAGCAGUGACUUCAGCGAGCGCCGCGAGCGGCGGGAGGGCUCAGGACCCGAGGCCAGUGCCCAGCCUGAGGGCAGCUCCCCUGGGCCAGGUUUGGCUGAGAAGAAGGAGCUGGCCAAGAGGAGCUUCUCCGGCCAGAGGCCGCUGGUGGACAGACAGAGCCGGAAGCUGGAGCCGGGAGGGUGUGGGGAGAAGGCUGGGAGGCCAGGUGGUGGUGAGACGUCUCCCCGUUUUGAGAGCCAACAGAGCGGGACGCCCCUGAAAGCCAAAAGGUCCCCAGAUGAGGCCUUGCCUGCAGGUCUUGGUGGCCGUGGUGGUGGAAGUGGCCAUUAUACCCUGGAGCGGUCAGGCCCCAGUACCUCGGAGGUGCCUGAAGCUGUGUGUGAGAAAGCGGAUCCAGAGGCAGCCCUGGCAGCCCAGAGGACUGGCCCUCAGGGAGAGGCCCUGCAGCAGUUUGACCUGAGCUACGGGAAUGCCAUCAUGGAGAACUGCGGGUCCAGCCCUGGAGAGGAGAGUGAGGUGGGCUCCAUGGUGGGCGAAGGCUUCAUCGAGGUCCUGACCAAGAAGCAGCGCCGCCUGCUGGAGGAGGAGCGUCGGAAGAAGGAGCAAGCAGUACCAGUGCCGCCAGUCAAAGGCCGAGGUCUCUCCCGUAUCCCUCCUCGGUUUGCUAAGAAGCAGAAUAAUCUGUGUCUGGAGCAAGGCGAGGUGGCUGUGCCUGGCAGCAGCCUGGGAACAGAGAUCUGGGAGAGCAGCAGUCAAGCUCUUCCCGUCCAGGCUGCCUCCAGCGAUGCUUGGACCAAGGCCGCCACUGCCUUCAACAGCACUGAGUCCAGCUCUGCCGAGCAGGCCUUUAAGAGCAGCCAGGGAGACAGUGGUGUGGACCUGAGUGCUGAGUCCCGGGAGUCCUCGGCCACCUCCUCGCAGCGCAGCUCUCCAUAUGGUACCCUGAAGCCUGAGGAGAUGAGUGCCGGGCUAGAGCCCAAGGCCGACAGCCACAAGGAGCAGGCCCCGAAGCCGCCCGAGCGCAAGGAUUCAGAGCAAGGCUCAGGGCAGAGCAAGGAGCACCGGCCGGGCCCCAUAGGAAAUGAACGCUCCCUGAAAAACAGGAAGGGCUCGGAGGGUACCGAGCGGCUGCAGGGGCCAGGCGUAGCGCCCGUCAAUGGGGUGGAGAUCCACGUGGAUUCAGUGCUGCCAGUGCCUCCCAUCGAGUUUGGAGUCAACCCAAAGGACUCAGACUUCAGCUUGCCCCCGGGUUCUGCUUCUGGACCUCCUGGGAAUCCAGUUGUGAAACUCCAGGAUGCCUUGGCCAGUAACGCUGGGCUGACGCAGAGCAUCCCCAUCCUCCGGCGGGACCAUCACAUGCACAGGGCCAUCGGCCUGUCCCAGAUGUCCUUCCCCACCGCCGACCUCACUCUGAAGAUGGAAUCUGCGCGCAAGGCAUGGGAGAACUCGCCCAGCCUGCCCGAGCAGAGCUCCCCUGGGGCUGCUGGCUCAGGCAUCCAGCCACCCUCAUCUGGGGGCGCCUCCAGUGGGGUCAGCUACAGCUCCUUUGGGGGCGUAUCCAUGCCACCCAUGCCUGUGGCUUCCGUAGCGCCUUCUGCUUCUCUUCCAGGUAGCCACCUGCCGCCCCUCUACCUGGAUGGUCAUGUGUUUGCGAGUCAGCCCCGGCUGGUACCCCCCACGAUACCUCAGCAGCAGAGCUACCAACAGGCUGCGCAGCAGAUCCCCAUCUCCCUGCACACGUCGCUGCAGGCACAAGCCCAGCUGGGCCUGAGGGGUGGGCUCCCUGUCUCCCAGUCACAGGAGAUCUUCAGCUCCUUACAGCCCUUCAGGUCCCAGGUAUACAUGCACCCCAGCCUGUCACCUCCCAGCACCAUGAUCCUCUCAGGGGGGACGGCCUUGAAGCCCCCCUACUCGGCGUUCCCGGGCAUGCAGCCCCUGGAGAUGGUGAAGCCGCAGUCAGGCUCGCCCUACCAGCCCCUGAAUGGGAGCCAAGCCCUGGUCUACGAGGGCCAGCUUGGCCAGGCUGCAGGACUGGGCGCCUCCCAGAUGCUGGACUCCCAGCUCCCACAGCAGCUGACCAUGCCCAUGCCAGGCUCCCAGCUGCCUCUGCCUCGUUAUGGCUCCGGCCAGCAGCCUCUGAUCCUGCCACAGUCCAUCCAGCUACCACAAGGGCAGAGCCUAUCCGUUGGGGCCCCCCGAAGAAUCCUGCCGCCUGGCUCCCAGCCUUCAGUCCUGAACACCAGCAGAGAGUCCUCCCAGAUGGAGAUGAAGGGCUUCCCUUUUGCCGACAGUAAACAGAAUGUUCCUCCAGGAGGCUCGGGGCCCUCACCACAGGCCUACAGGCCUAGCUCUGCUAGCCCCAGUGGGAAGCCCUCUGGACCAGCAGUUAACAUGGGCUCUGUGCAGGGACCCUGCGGUCAACAGGCAAAGCCCCGAGUGGACGAGAAGCCCAGCCUGGGAGCCGUGAAACUCCCUGAGCCGCCCUCGGCCACCUCCCAGAUGAAGCGAACCGGCGCCAUUAAGCCUCGGGCGGUGAAGGUGGGAGAGAGCAAGGCCUGAGGAGUGGCCCCCUGCCCAAGGCCCGUGGAGCCUGCUCCGUCCACUCCUGAGCACCUGCCGUCCAGCCAGCUUGCCCCGUGGACCCAUGGCAUUGACCUGCUUGCUUCAACACCAAACACACCGGUCUGUCUGUCCUCUCCUCCCACGUGACUGGGCCGUGCAGCUCCUGGGGCCAGCUCGCUGGCUGCGUCUGUAGCUUCCUGCCCGCCUGCCCACCAGACCUGGGCACGGUGCCGAUGCGGUGUGAGGCUUUUUGUUUGAAAAAGCAGCUAAGGAUUUUACCAAGGAGAAAGGGAAGGAAAACACAAGCUGCUUGUGAAUAGCUGAACUUUUGUACGUUUCCCUCCUGCCUCUCCGACCGUUCGUCCAUCCGUCUCGUCCUUUUCUCAGUUCUGCGGCUGCGACCCCUCCAGAGGUGACGUACCACUCCCCAUGGAUGGAGCUGGGGCCCUGGGGGGCUUCCAGCCUGGGCUCUUAGCCAACAUGAUGACGCUCCCAUCGAGUCUGUCCUGGAUGUUCCUGAGUCCCUGGCUGGCACCUCAGGGCUGCCAGCUCACCCUCUGCUGUGAAGCCGUCGGAGCCCCAUCCUCUCCUUCCUUCUCUCUGGCCUGUCCCUCUACCUCUUAGGCAGCCCAUCAUUAGGAACUGGGUCCCUUUGCACCCACAGGCUGAUGGGGUGCCUCUACCCUCCCUCCCCGUGCUCUAGUUCCAAUCCAGGCUGCCAGCUUGUUGGGACCAAGAGGCCUGGGCGAUCACUCAGCAUCCACCUCUCUUCCCUUCUCCUCCCCCAGGGUGGUAGUGGUGUUGGGUUCAGGUCUGUCUGGUGCUGCCAUGAGGAUUUCCCACUGGGCCAUCUCCAAGUCGGGGUUGUGCCUGCUUUUUCAGAAGGGAAAUAGAGGGAGGGCUCCUGGGCCUAGACAGGACAGCUUUAGGCCCUAACUUUCUCGAGUGCCAGACCUUCUGGGGGUGGCACCAGUGUCCCUGGCCCAGGAGGAAGCAGCCUCCUGUUGUCCUGGAAGAGGCUUCACCCCUCCCCUUCUUUCCAUACCCUCAUCCCCCACCCUGGGGCCUCACUUCUCACCAGCUUUUUUUUUUUCUUUGUCCCCCAACUCAUUAUUGUUCUGAGGUCCCUUCUGCGUGCUCCCUCCAUGUCGUCUCCCCCCCGCCUCCCAUCCUGGAGCGAAUUCUGUCCAGCAGGAGAGGAUCGGCUCAUGGGGAACCAACUGGACAGUGCUGGAUGUGUCAGCGACCCCAGGCUCCCUACAGAUGGGCCCAAACCGAAUUUCCUUUCUGGGAACCAGGAGAUGAGAGUCCCCUUCUCUAGCCCCCUCAGCCCUGUAUCUUCUUCUCCUUCCCAAUAAAAACAGAAAACACUAGAAUUUAUUUAUAUGUAUUGAUGUUGUAGGUCUAGGUGAACAAAAAAAAAAAAAAAGCAAA